AUGCGGCCAAAAAUUGGAUGUUGGAUAUUAGAAGGUCACUUUUCAUGUGGCGGUCUUCAUUCCUCCGUGUCUACCGCGUACUCCGGUUUCGUUCACCUUCAUUGUAAGAACAUCUACCUUGAUAUAAUGUUCAUAUUGAACAAUGGAAGUUCUCUCCCUCCAUUGAAUCUCAUAACCAUGGCUGCCGUGAUUGAAGCAAAUGGACCUGUGUACAAUGGACCUGGAGCGAGCAAACCUAGCACUCCAUUCGUACUUUGUAAUCUCGAGUUAUCUCAGCGUGCUGCUAUAGAGAAAGCAAAGAAAUAUGCAAUGGAGCAAAGUAUUCGUUCUGUGCUUUUACGUCAAACACAAUCUCAACAAUCCCUUCAAUUGAAUAACAUAAAGAAGAAUCAAACUGUUGCACUUCUUAAUCGUGUUUACGUUGGUUCAAUAGCAUAUGAUGUGAAGGAAGAUAGUCUGAAACAAGUAUUUUCUCCAUUUGGACCUAUCAAGUCUGUAAAUCUAAGUUGGGACCCUUCGACGCAAAAGCAUAAAGGGUUCGCGUUUCUUGAAUUCGAAUAUCCGGAAGCAGCACAGUUAGCUAUUGAUCAGAUGAAUGGUACUAGUUUUGGAGGAAGACAACUAAAAGUAGGCAGACCUAGCAAUCUAACGAACGCGGAACCUGUCAUCAGCGAACUGAUUAAUGAGCAUAACCUUCAUAACCGCAUAUAUGUUGCUGGUAUACAUUUGGAUCUUACUGAAGAUGAUGUUUCUUUAGUUUUUGAAGCCUUUGGAAAGAUAGUAUUCUGCAAACUUCAACCUGAUACAACGAGACCUAUGCGCCAUCGAGGGUUUGGUUACAUUGAGUACGAAUCAACUCAGAGUGCAGCUGAUGCUGUUGGUAGCAUGAACCAAUUUAAUCUUGGUGGUCAACUUUUGCGGGUGUGCAAGGCCAUCUCACCUCCAGAUGGCAUUUCAAAUGCCAGUUCUUCUAAUCUCCCACCAGCAGCAGCUGUGGCCGCAGCCUCAGCUACUGCAAAAGUUUUAUCAAUGGAAACAGAACAGCUGCCUAUCAAUUCUUAUUCUAAACAACCUGAAACGACCCAUUCUGUGACGCCAAACACUCUUCCCAACACAGCAACACAGUCUACCAACAAUUCCUUACCUAUAUAUUCUCCUACAUCGGUCUCAACAACUGGCCGAUUGCUUCUUGACCAACCUUCAUCAAAUGUUGGAUCUAAUGUAUCAUACUCCCAAGUAAAUAAUUUCAAUGAAAGUAUUAAUUCCGAUUCGGUGGGGACAUGGCAGUCCGAAGUACCUGAAGAAUACUCACACACUGAACCUUCAUCCGUACCCCCAGUUGGUUUGCCUUCAAAUUCUGUCACCUCUGCAUCUUCUGAGUAUUCAACCUAUUUCACUGGCGGUGUUUUAAUCCUACGAAAUAUGGUCGGUCCAGAGGAUUGCGAUGAUGAACUCGAAGGGGAAGUAGCAGGCGAGUGUUCGAAAUAUGGGUCGGUUGAGAAAGUACUGAUUCACCAAGACAAUACUCAUGAAACAAACGAGGAAUUUGUUAAUAUAUUUGUUGUGUUUUCCGAUGUGGGCUCCGUGCAGAAUGCUGCUAAUGCACUAAAUAAGCGGUAUUUUGCUGGAAGACAAAUAACAGCUGAGCCGUACGAUACACAAGCUUUUAUGAUGAAUGAUUUAUCCCGUUAA